GAAGCCGGAAGGGGGGUUGUGAGGACGUGUUUCGAGGAAGCCGGAGCCGGGGCCGGCACGGCCGGCGAGAUGGAGCCGCUGUACCAGCAAACGCACAAGCAGGUCCACGAGGUCCAGUCUCACAUGGGACGCCUGGAGACAGCAGACAAGCAGUCUCUGCACUUAGUAGAAAAUGAAAUCCAAGCAAGCAUAGACCAGAUAUUCAGCCGUCUAGAACGUCUGGAGAUUUUGUCCAGCAAGGAGCCCCCUAACAAAAGGCAGAAUGCGAAACUUCGUGUUGACCAGUUAAAGUAUGAUGUCCAGCACCUGCAGACUGCUCUGAGAAACUUCCAGCAUCGGCGCUAUGCAAGGGAACAGCAGGAGAGACAGCGAGAGGAGCUUCUGUCUCGCACCUUCACCACUAACGACUCUGACACCACCAUACCAAUGGACGAAUCCCUGCAGUUUAACUCCUCCCUCCAGAAAGUUCACCACGGCAUGGAUGACCUCAUUGGAGGCGGGCACAGUAUUCUGGAGGGACUGAGGGCCCAGAGACUGACUUUGAAGGGGACUCAGAAGAAGAUCCUUGACAUUGCCAACAUGCUGGGCUUGUCCAACACAGUGAUGCGGCUCAUUGAAAAGCGGGCUUUCCAGGACAAGUACUUUAUGAUCGGCGGGAUGCUGCUUACCUGUGUGGUCAUGUUCCUCGUGGUGCAGUACCUGACAUGAGCCAGCCACAUCCUGCAGCUGAACCGCGUUCCCACUGCGUGCGAGUGUGUGUGCAUGGAAGAGAGAGGGGGCUCAUAGACCACCUUUUGAAAUGUGUGCCUGUCUUAACUGUGAAGACACUUGGGAGUAAUUGUGAUCUAGAUUCAAACAUGCUCUGUUUUCUGUGACAUCUUGGAGGGGGAGCCAGGGCCACCAAGAUGCGCGGUGCUUAGGAAAUGAAAGAAGUCCCUAUUCUCUCUCUCUCACUCUCACUGGGGAAGGGAAAGAAUGGCUUUGGUGGCUUUGUCCACACAGCUGACGUGCAUCCUGGGAAGGCUUCCACACUGAGCCUUGUAUGCAGGACUCUCCACACUUUCACACCUUCUCAUCAUCCGGCUUUUCUGGUUCCUAAUAGAUAGGCUGGAGCAAAAGCAAGGAGAAGAGAGAGGCCUUCUAUUCCUGCAGCCAUUAUAGUAGAUUGAUUCACAUGCUGUUGCUCCUGGCCACCUCCCCCCACUACCCCCAAUGACAUGUAGAUGACUAACGGCUAAUACUCAUCACUCUUCCCUGGGAGCAGCUACCUAGGGGAAACGAGGCAUUGAAGCUAUUGCUGAUAACAAGUAAGAUUUUCCACAUUAUAUUUGUUGGGUGUUUCUCCUUUCUUAAGUGAGGCCAGUGUUAUUCCCUGGGAGGGUUCAGUCUUGAGACUAAAGACUCUAGUCACUGAUUUUUUCCAGUCGUUCACUGAAUGGUUGGCUAUUAAGGUUCAAAGACUGCAGCUUGGUACCUAUGCCAGGCUUUGGUGGGCCUUUGCUCCUUAGAAAGUAGCUGGGAGCAAAGGUUAGUGAUUUGUCAAUUACAGUCUCAUCUCUGGUUUUAGCAUCUAUUAAUUCUUUGACUCUCCUCUCUUCCUUGAAAUAUAUUAGCACCUGCUAGCCAAGUCCCAUUCUGCCUAGCCAGUGUAGGCAGAUACCACCUUGAAGGCAUCCCUAGUAUGUUUGUCCUUUGAACACUCUGUUUUCAGGGACCAUGACCUUUUUCCUUCUCUGACUGGCCCUGGAUGAAGGCUAUGCCAAUACCCGGUAUAUUGUGGAAUUUAUUAUAAAGCCAGUCUGUCUUGAAGUCUA